AUGCUCCGCCGGCAGCGAUCUUGGUGCUGCGCUUCCAACGAACUUGAAGUGGAGUCUGGAGUUCAAUAUGGAAAUGGUGAGUUCUUCCCUCUUCUUCCAUUGUUUCAUCGAUGUCGUGGUGGGCAUGUGAUAGAUCUUUGCAGUGUCUGGUUCGGGCACGGCAAGGCGAAGGCCAUGGGCAUGAUUAUUGAUGAUGAUGAGGAGCAUCGAGUUAACCUGGAGCAUUGGCUUCUGCCCCUUAUCGCCUGGACUUUCUUCUGCAUCUUGACGCCCGAGAAACCACCAAGAGGCAAAGGCUGCACCCGCAACUUGACAGACCCAAACAUCAACCACUCCAUCCUCUUCUCUACACGCAAGUCCGUUCCACUACCGGCACCAAGCAUACAUUUCGAACGCUUCGCCUGGCUGGCCGUGUCUGAUGACGACUUCGAAACCUUGGGCGACGGCGCCGUGAAGGCCACCGGCCAAGGCGGCCUUUAUAGCAUCUUCAAUUUGCACGCCGACAAGUGGCUCGCGGUUGCACGUAUUAUGAGGAAGGCUGUCUGGAUGCAAAUCAUCGCCGGAAACAGGAAACUCGCGUAUGUGCAAAGCGCCGGCGACCUCCAAACCCAAACCGCCACACAGUGGGCCUGCCAUCAACUGCCAUACCGCUCAGCAUACCGCCUCGUCCCUCUGACGCUUAUCACUCCUGCUCUGAGAAAGAUCUGGUACGACGUGGACGAAUUAACCAAAGCAACAAACAAUCGCACCAAUAUGUCGAGCAUAUGCAACAAUAUCACGCGGCUGUGUUUCAGCAGAUCCAAGACAUGGUGCCCCGAUACCACCAGAACCCAGCUUCCGUGCGCAGCUCAGCUUCUCCAAUACACCCGCGGAGACCUUCGACUUCUGCGCGAAGACACCAAACCCCCACGAAAGCGUCCCUCGAUCCUACCUGCUGAAUCCUCCGCCCCAACGGCUUAUACGCGAACACUUCUUGAAGAAUCAUCCCCUUCUGUCGAAGAGCAAGCCUGCGCGAUUUGGUACGAGAUCAGCCAAUUUUGGAAGCAGUUCUACGAUGAAGAAGAUUUGCUGGAGGAGAAAGAAGGGCCUGCAUCCAGAGAAUGGCAUGUUUCGAAAUACCCCGCCGAGAGGUUCUGGGGUAACUCGCUGAAGAGGUUGCAGAUUGGGAUACAGGCUCAGAAGCGAAAGCCUCUUCUGAUGAAUAACAAGAGCUUCAGUGGUGAACACGACAACCCUCCAACACAGGCUCAACACCGCGAUGCGAUUAUGCUGAAACUGAUAACAAGCAGGCUUCACGCUGACCAAGUGCACUGUAUGCCACCCAUUCAGCUCAUGAGCUCAACGCUGAUAACACCUGACUUCCGCAGCGACACUGGCCUCAGGACUACGCGAGACCGAUGCCCAAACCUUGGCCAGAUCGAUUCUGAAUCCCAUGCUAAAUCUGAUGCACUUCUGCUCCACGCUGGCCAUCAUAAUUCAUUCGUAAUCACAUACGCCUUGGGAUUCUGCACCGGUGCUUGGCACUUGAUACAUGUCAGCUUCGGACAGAAAGUCAGAGCACUCCAGGACAUGAGCGUGACACAAGUUUCGACUAGGCUAAAAUUGCCAGCGACAGCGAGAAAUCCCAUUGGUCUCCCACAAGAAGCGGCCAUUCCACGACAUAUAAGUUUGGCCUGCAUCAGCUUCGCGAGUCACGAAAGAUCACCAAACUUAUACGACAUUUGCAAAUCUGCCUUCGCUCUCCGCAUCAAAAACGAAAAUAUCUGGUAUGAAAACCACGACGCGUUCAACAAAUCCGGCAGCUUAUGUUGCCCUGUUCCCCGGCUUUUCCGGAAGUUUCGGAUUCAUAACCGGCAGUGGACUGCGAAUAUGGAAAAGUGGAUUCUGCCGGCUGUCCGUAGUCCCGGGCACACUGGUCUCACAACUCUUGUGGUGCCUCUUUCAGGCCAGUGGGCUCUCCCACAGCCAUACUCACAAUCCUACACGACCCGAGAGACCUCCUUCAUCGUGUUCUGGCAGUCCAUUCCAUGGAACUCUUUAUCCCGAAGCCGAGAGCCGGGUGCCUAUGCAACACUCCCACACCGCACAAUCAACCCAUACCAGCCAUGGACGACGUUUGGCGAAAGGCAACAGACGCCCUACAUCGGACUCGGUCUCCUCCGGACCACACCAGACGUCUUCGUGCUCCAUACCAAGAAGGACAUGGCCUUUACCAAGCAGAUUGUAGUCAAAGCUGAAAGGUGCGAGAUCAUGCCAGACGAUAUUCCGAUGUCGAAACGCGGCCAUUGCAUCCCUUGGAUGUUUUCAGGACUCACCCUUUGUAUCGUACCUAAGUAUGCCAGCCUCUUUUCAGACCUAGAAUUACUAUUCAACGCGAUCUUGAUAUGA